ACCCAAUUUCAGAGUAUCUCAAGAACAGAGCCCAGAUCCCAGAUCGAGCAGGAACUUGGGUUCUUCAUCGUUUGAAGUCGCUCCAGGCGUCUGUGGCACUCCACCUACUUUCCAGUACGACUGUUCAAACCCAAAUUCCGAAGAGCAAUCGCUCCAUUGUCUGCACGCGCAGGUCCAAGGACAGCUCCCUAUAGAGAAUCCACAAACACCGUACUGUUAUGAAUCAUCGCCUCAAGCGCAACCAAAGGCAGACUUAAUGGCAAGCAUGGCAGAUAACAACACACACAAUUACGGCUGGCAGAGCCGGCCAUCCCACCCUCUUCAUCCUUCCUCAAUGGCUAUGGAUCAGCAACCGUUCUCCCAGCCACAGACCCUCCCAGCAUCUUCUGGAUACCCCGUUGGAUAUCAUCCUCCGCACACUACAACUCAAGGAUUUUAUCAGCCGGGGAUCCCAGCUCCACAGUAUCUUUGCUCGCCACAUCCAGGCCUGCUCCAAAGCCGACAUCCCCGAAGCUCAUCCAUUCCAUAUUCCUUCCCCAGUAGCCAUGUUCCAGGCAGCCCUCCAACAAUAGCUGAACAGCCCUUCGGUUCAUCGCCUCCCUCAUAUCUACUUAAUCACCAGGAAUAUUAUUAUUCUCAGGCACCUUCACUGUCCUCUAGAUCAAAUCAGAGCUCUCUAGCAGUGAGCCCACAGUCACAACAUAUUAUGACACCAGGGACAGUGUACUCGUCACCCGAUACAGCACCGACAUCCUCAGAUCCAGAACAGCAGGUACGCGUCAUCAGCUUCCGACCGAAACCUCAAUGCUGGGAUCACGGAUGCAACGGCCGUGAGUUUUCGACAUUUAGCAACCUGCUCCGUCAUCAAAGAGAGAAGUCUGGCGUAGUCGCCAAAGCCGAAUGUCCCAGCUGCGGCGCCGUAUUUACACGAACCACUGCCCGAAAUAUACACGUCUCCCAGGGUAAAUGUAAAGGGAGUGGGAGAGAGACAUCGAGCGAAUGAUUAUGGGGCGGCCAUGUACGGAACGGACUUCCCGUUGAAACCCAGUGGUCUACUUAUAAAACAACUCAUACUAUUCGCUCAGAGCAUCGCAAUACCUUUUCGCAGGGUCGCCAUCCAAUUCUCGCAGCGGAACUACGCCGUCUACUGAGAUACAUGCCGAAAGCGCAGUUCAGCAGCUUGGAAACCUAGAACGACAACCAAUUUCUCGAAUCCUUUUCCUGAUAAGGAUUUGAUACGUCUGCAACAGACAUAGAU